UAGUGUUUAGGUCUCAGUUUGAAUACUUUUUAGAGACAAUUUACCUAUGAGUUUUCAAACAGAAAAGACAUUGGAGAAAAGUGGCAAAUUUUAUUCAUAAUAGAACGUCAGGAAAGUAAAAUUAGACAGUCUUGCAACAAAAAGUUAAGCAAGACCUUUUCACCCUACAUUAGCUACAAUGGCCAGCUGCGAUUUGCAAGCGACCCAAUCCCAGGAGGGUAUUGUAAAUGAUCCAACAUCUGAAAACCUUAAGGACACCGAAAUUGAAGAAAAAAAGGGAAGCAGCAGUGUUACAAAAAUUCCUGGGCCAGUCAUGUUAGAUGCCAGUGGUAGCUUCAUUUCACUGAGUAAUCGUCAAUAUACGAGCGUCGUGGAGCUAGCUAAGAGGCAAAGUGAGUUAAGGAACAGUCUUCAGGAAAGGGACAACAGUUUGGGCGAGAAGCAAACCGAAAAAGAGAAUAACACGGAGAUCGAGAAGGAGGAACUGGAAAAUGACCAGAACUUGUUGAAUCAAACCGAUGAUUCUGGUAUACAAAUUUAUACUUCUGCCACGGAUAUCACACUUGUCGAAUCAGAUUCGGAAGAGAUUCACACGUCUAGCCCGGAGCAGCCGAUAUUGCAAAAUAUUUUGGAUGAAAUCCCAAGCUCAUCUAAUUCCAAAUUGGAUUUACAAAAAGCCGAGCAGCAAUCGCUUCGUGAACUGCAACGUGCAGUGGCCGAAAUGGAGGCAGAUGUAGCCGCUCACUCUGAAGCCCUAGAGCUGGAAAUGGAGAAGGAACGACAGGAAGAGCAGCAUCAAAUGGAACUUCGAGAAUCGGAAAUCAAUCCAUCAGAUUCAACUUUAUUGCCAGAAACUCAAUUGGUGGCCGAAAAUUUGAUCGUUGAGAAUUCGUUGACUAUUGAUUCGGUGGCCAGCGAUAUGGAAGCCCACGACUCGGAGGCCUAUGAUUCGGUGGCAGAGGGAUCAGGGGCUGAUGGAUUAGUGGCAGAGGGAUCAGGGGCUGAUGGAUCAGUGGCAGAUGGAUCAGUGGCAGAGGGAUCAGGAGCAGAUGGAUCAGUGGCAGAUGGAUCAGUGGCAGAGGGAUCAGGAGCAGAUGGAUCAGUGGCAGAGGAAUCGGUGGCAGAGGGACCAGUGGCAGAUGGAUCAGUGGCAGAGGAAUCGGUGGCAGAGGAAUCGGUGGCAGAGGGAUCAGGAGCAGAUGGAUCAGUGGCAGAGGAAUCGGUGGCAGAGGGACCAGUGGCAGAGGAAUCUGGGGCAGAGGAAUCGAUGGCUGAAGAACCUGUGGCCGAAAUGAAAGUGGCGUCAAUUAGUCAGGAGUUUGUUGACCAAGCUUUAAUUGUAACUCCAUUGGUGAAGCAGGACGUUCAAGAGGAAAAGCCCGUUGAAGAGAAAAUGGUUCAGGUCAGAAUUCACGCCCGAUUAACUCCAGCUAGUUCAUCAACUGGCUCAACGACUGAUCGUAAAAUGGUUCGAUUGGACCAACUGCUAGACGCUGAAAACAAUAUUGAUCUCCUGCGUCAGCUUCUCGAAAAUGAUACCUUCAAUGGUGAGGUGGAUUCCAAUGAAAAGAAUGCUGCCGAUACUGGAUUAGAUAAAGCCAAAAUCCGGGAAGAAGUAAAGACAUCUGGUUUCUUACAGGCGCUUCAUCGCGUUUUCUGUAGUCGCAAAAUAGUCCAGCCCUUACUGCUUUGUGGCGUAACGGUCGGCUUGAUUUACUUUCUGCGCAAGCUUUAAGUUCCUUAGUAUAACAAAUUAAUAGAGUGCCCACUAAAUAGAAGAUUAGCAUAAGACACACUGACUGCCUACCCGGGCAUAUGCGUUUAUGGCGUAUUCACUGGAAAACAAAUUGAUUUCGAAACCAAAUUAAUUAUAUGCAUUUGUCAAUAAACAUCUCCAAAAUUGCCUAACUGCGUAAAUAAAAAAGUUUCAACAUUCAUAA